UAACAAUUAUUUUGAGUAAUUACCAAUAGUGUCCAUUUUAACUAAAAUGGAUAAAACUGAUGCGUUUUCACAGUCCAUAACAACUGAGGUCUAACAAUUAUCUUCAUCUUUAAUCUGGUAACAAAUAUAAGCGCUUCACAUUAAGCUUGCAAACAAAAAUGGAACUGGUGUAUGACCAGACACAAAUUUAAGGAAAAUGUAACUUGUUUAAUGGUCAUAAACCAACACAAUUAGUUUAUUUUAGUUUUAUGUCCAUGACUUUUGUUCAACUAUUUUUAACCUGUAUGUAAAGCUUAGCUGGUUUCUGGCUAGCAAUCUACAUUUUUGGCAAACUUUUCGAACGAGGUUAAAGGGAAAACAACCAGCAUCACGAAUUUACCUAGGCUUUUGUCAAGGCCUUGCUUGUUGCUUUAUGGAGCCGCUAUCCCAAGCGACUUGAAGGGGAGACUAAGCACUGAGUGGCACAUCACGAGGGCCUUUUACAAUUUGAUUGGGGUUUCUUAUGUUUUUCUUUAUAAAUUUGGCCUUUUGCUACCAAAUCGGUUUCAAAAGUCUCAACCAAUGAGCAGAAACGACGGGGCCGGUCAGUGGGUCAGCAGCCCAUUUUAUGAGGAAAGUAUAAGUUUGUACAGGAACCUUGCAGAGUGCACCAUGGCAAAAGCACAGGGGUGUGUUACUUUGAGGGCUGCAAACCACUUCUUUUCCCAUCCAAAAUGUCACUGAAAAUUCUGUAUAAAUGUAUUUUUUUGGUAUAAUUAUGCCAAGGUAAACAUUUCUAGAGUAUUUUAAUGACACAUAAACCAUGGAGGAAGCUGUCUCCAUGCAUAAUGCAAAAGCCUGCAGAAACAUACCUAGGCUCAACAGUAGCCCAACAUUCAUGUGGUCACUGGAACACAUACGAACCGCUUUAAAAAAACACGGAGUAAGUUCAUGCAUAACAAGGAUCGAUUUCCCUUGUAUACCAGAGCAAAAUGGUGCACAAAAUGUAGUUGCUACUCAAAAAUCAUCAUUUACUACUCAAUAUUAGCAUUCAGUGUGCACAAACUUUUCAGUCGAAAUAUUUUGCAAAUAUGCUGGUCGAAAUCGUUCCCUGAAUAACAAUUAGUCUUAUUAGAAAUAGAUUUCAAUUAUGUUGUAACUUAUGGCCAGUAACAUCAUCUAAAGACUAUGACAUGACACGUUACCAAGCCACACAUCGGCCAUAAGUUUUCACCAACUCAAAGUUCUUGGGCCUCAUUAUUAAAUUUACUAAAGGAACCACUGUCAGUACCUUUCCUUAUGAUAAAGUUAUAUCUGAUGGAUUGAGGACUAUUAACGUUUAGGUAUCAAGCAACCUGUGGAAUAUUUCUGCGCAAAAUGUUAUCAUUGUUCAAAACUGUAGGACUUGCAAUCGUAGGGUUGUAGGUUCGAAUCCUACCUUACCUUACUGCUGAUUUUACAAUGACUAGAAUAAGUACUGUCGCCUAGUCACUGAAGCAUAAUUUCAUGACUUGUGAAAUUCGUAUAAACAUGAGAGAGAUUUGCUGUUGUCAGCUUAUCCCCUUGUGAAAGCUUAUCGAGUUCCCCAUGACGGAAGAUCAUCUAAGACAAUUGAAUGGCUGAAGGAGCUGUUAACUGUUCACCGACCAAAAUGAUGUGUGGUUUGAAUGUCAACAUGCACCACGUGUUGACCUCGAGUGGCAGGUCUUUUUCAGAAAUAAUCGAAAAAUCAACACGUGGCAUUUUCUCAAACGAAAUCAUGAUGGAAACUAAGUUUAUGGUUUAUGCUCUAUGGUUUCGUAAACGACUUAUACGAACGAAUAUUCUCUUGAACAUUUUGUUCUGUUGCUACCGUACAUGGAGAUCUUUGUGCUCGACAAUAGUUGGUGGUCGACGGUCCCGAGUAUAGAUUACAAGAUUGAAAAUGUUGACAACGCCUGUCAUAACGAAUGUACGUGUGUGUCCAGCCAGCCCCCGCAAUGUAGGCUGUUCUUUUGGGUGUCCAGUUUUGUUGGAGAAAUACUUCGAUUGUCAUUUCCAGAACUGAGUUUUAGGUCCACCUGUGAUUCCAAUUGCAGUUUCUUUCUGCAGUUCAAAGCAACGAGAACGGAGUGAGGUCUUCCCGCCGUGGCGACUCGACUAACUGAAGCAAAAGGUAAGACGGGUCACACUCGCACUACAGGUUCGUCGUUCAUGUUGCCACGAAGUUUUGGAAACGUGUGUCUAAAUUCUGACAAAAACCCACCGACGAAGAGGAGGUCACGGCCGCAUCACAACCCUCUCGGGUCGUAGUUAGUAAAUUAAAAGAGCUGUGCAUUGAAUGAGCAUUAGAAAGGAAUCUACUGACGGGAUUUGUUGAACUGCUUGAACUAUAAUAUCGAGGACUGGACACUUCAUGCCUGCACAGGACAAGUAGGUCGUUGAAUUGUAAAGUUCCAUUGCUAGCACGAGCACUUUUUAGAGAAGAAGCAUCGUGGUUUUACCUGCGUCUUCAAGAAGAAUGGGAACUUGAUAGCUUUCAGGAGCAUCAAGAACAGUUGAUAGUCUCUCCUUCCGAUGGGAUUGAAACUGCUUCCAAUCCAACAAUGACUGAAAAGAAACAGAAGAAGAUUGAAAUGGCAUCCAUGAACCCAGUAAGGACACGAUAUCGAACAAGAUCCCAAAGAACCCUUGAAAGUGAAACCUCGGCAGAAGAGAACCCGGGAACACAACCAAAAGAAAGUCUGAUCGAGAAAUCGCCCUCAAAUUUAGUUACCAAGGAAGACCCGUCUUUGGAGAGAGAGAUGAAAGAAUUUGAAAAACUGACUCAUUUGGGUGAAGUUUCUGCAAAAACGACAGUUUCUGAAUCUUGUGUUCCGGAAGAACAGUCUGUGGGUAAAGUUGAGGCAGUUCCUGAUUCAGUGUGUAAAGUUGAGGCAGUUCCCAAAUCAGUGAAUACAGUUGAGACCGUUCCUGAUUCAGUGUGUAAAGUUGGGGCAGUUCCCGAUUCAGUGUGUAAAGUUGAGGCAGUUCCCGAUUCAGUGUGUAAAGUUGAGGCAGUUCCCAAGUCCGCUUCAAAAGAGUUAACUUCGCGUGAGUCCCAUUCCAGUAAGGUUUUGAUGUCAGACUUGGUUCAGGAAGAUGACUCCUUGGAUUUUUACUUGAACUCUAAUGAAUCUAAUUCUAAUUUUGAGCAAAUCGGUCAGUCGUCAUUGCCAAAUGAUUUCUCAAUAAGGAGGUCGGAUAGAACUAAAAGAAAACAUUCAAUGCAAGAUUCCAACAUGUCCAAUGGGCCAGACUCGGAGGUGCAGGGUAGCCUUCCUUCUACAGGCUCGUUACAGAACAAUGUAACAUCAGUGAGUUUGCCAUGUAAAGCUCCCGACAACCUUAUGUUGCCAAGAUCGCUGUCCCUUAACGUUGCACAUGUAGAUAACAAACCAAUGAAGUCUCUUGCAUCGAGACGUUUUGGCGAAGACAAAGAGUCCUCAAUAUCCAAAGAUACCUCAACAGACAUUUUUGGUAAGACGGAAGAGACCAACGGAGUUAUAGAAAAUCAUCCUCCAGUUGAAAACACUCAAGCUGUGGCGGACGGUGACACAAGGCUUUCUAAAGAAACACCAGACACGGCUGUCUCAAAGAAGAAACCUGUGGUUGAAUGGAUGAUGGGGUUCGUCAGAAAAGAUGCAAGGCAUGACUCAUCGUCAAUGAGUGAUUUAUGGGGCUUUGAUAUCGACACAGAUCUCGUUUCAUUCCUUCCAGAGACAAUUCCAGAAAAUAUAGUUUUGCAAAACUCUUUGGUUAUGGAUAGCGCAGAGCAGGCUUCUGAUCAGAGUCCAGCACCUUCUCAGACAAGUUUGGUGCCAGUAAGAAUACCUCAACUUUCAAAUGAGCCUGAGGAGGUUCAAAUGACGACAGACUUUGAAAACGAGAAACCAUUCAGUAAACAUUCAGAUCAACAAUCAAAGGCAGAAUCUGAUUCAGCUCCCCAAACAACUGCUUCAAUCAAGGAGCUGUUCACCCAAGAGGGGAUAUUACAAAGAAGUGACUGUACCUCAGAACUUUUAACGGUUGAUAACAACAUGCAGACACAACAAGAUUCUUGUGGUGAUAACCCACUACCCAUCAGUACUGAACCAUCAAGCUUUGAGGAAAAGCAACCCUCUGAUGAACCUUCAAGUCAGGCUCUCAAUCAAGCCAUCAAUGCCAAGGAGCAUCAAGAACUUUCAAUUGAUUCCCCUCAAGAGACGCUUGGGCGUGAUGUGAACCCUCUAGAUAUUGCCGAUAAAAAGGACGACGUCGGUGAAAAGAAUCUUGUAAUGACCCAAGAAGUGAGUAAUGUUGAAGCUUUGUCAGAAGAUUCUACUUCGUUAGAUAAAGAAUGCGACAUGUUGACGGAAAGUUCUACUGUACGAGAAGAUGUUCCAGAGCCAGCCAAAGACAUGGUAUUCAAGCCCAUACAGAACACACAGGAAGUGACCUCGCCUGCUGAUGCUUCUCCAGAUCUGGAAAACCAAAGUGCGUCGCUUAAAUCUGAAGCUCCGCGACAAAGAAAGAGGUCGUGGCGGGGCAGCAAAGGAAAAGGUGUACCAGAUGAUAUGAAUGCAGAGGCCAUGCCAACUCGGAGAAGCACUCGUCUUCGCUCUAUUGGAGGAAAGAGACAGACUGUUUCUCCUAAUGAGUUUGCAGAAGUGUUACCAAGGAAAAGGCGUUCAUCCUCCCGUAACUCAACUGAAUCUCCAUCCAACAUCACCAUGGACACAGAUGUCAACAAAAGAAGCAACCAACUUGAAGCAGGACAUCAAGUGACAGAGGAGAGUCCAUCAGUCUUGAACCAUGAAAAUUGGACAGUCGUUGAAGCUGCACAUUCUCCAGUUCCAAGUCAAAAAGACGAAAUGCUUGCUGGUGUGGGAUUAGUGGCUACAUGUACUCCCGAAGUGGAUGAUAAAUUUGUUGACCCACAAUUAAAACCAACAGGCGAGGUUGACACAACAGAGGUUUUAACUGCUGAGGUUGUAGCCACUGAGGUUCUGACCUCUGAGGUUUUGACCUCUGAGGUAAUAUCCACUGAGGUUUUGACCUCUGAGUUUGUAACCUCCGGCGUUAUUACCACUGAGGGUCUGACCUCUGAGGGGAAAUUAAGUCAAGAGAUCAUGUACAGUCGGAGCAUUUGCCCUGAUGAAGAUCUUGCUGUUCUUAACCAUGCUGACUCUCACCAAACAACAAAUAAUGUUGAAGUUUCCAUCCCUGACGUUGGCUUCCAAGAUGUUUCAUCUUCCUUGGUAGUAACUUCUGGACCCGUCUGCCCGAUGUCUACCAUGCCACUGACAGUUUCAACACCAAUGGUUGUCGACUCUGAGGUCACUGCAAGUGUUUCUACAGUUACGUCCUCUCUAGCGUUCACUCCUACACCAUGUAGCACAGACGCAGUUCAAGAUACAGAGAUGACCCUAGCCAUUACAGAUUCAUUGGUUAACUCCAAACCGGUUUCUGAGUCUCAGAGAAUUGAAACGAUGAAUGAGCUAAAUUCAGGACUGCAAGACAAGAAACCCAACAGCCCAGUGCCAAUGGAACUCGGUAAUCAUAUGAACAUGAACGUAGACGACAAUUCCCAGGCUGAAGAAAUCGAUGUUAACACGUCGCAGGAUGUGAUCAGCAAAGACACUGCAGAGUGUGUGUCAAAUGACAUUCGACAAGAUGCUCCAAGUGUUGCCAUGAUUGCUGAUGGAAAAGAAGCACACUCUGAGUUUAUCCAAAAUGACGUUGAUUUUAAAUCCAAGGUUGGAUUCCCAGCAGAAAGAAAUGUCAACAGUCUACCUCUUGGCGAUGCAGAGCAAUUCCCUCAUCAGAUUCCCCCUCCGGAGAAUUUGGUAGGUUGUAAAAGUGAACUUGAAGAUCCGGCCAUCAAGAAUGAGUCCGAAAUGAAAUACACCGGUAGCAGGUCUCGGCUUUUUAAAAGUUCAGCUCCUAGCCAGUAUCAACAAGAAGGAAAGAAUGAGACCGAAAGUGAAGUUGAAGAUUCGGCCGUCAAGAGUGAGACCGCAUUCAAACAUAGCAAGUCUCAGCUUUUUAGAAGUUCAGCACCUAGCCAGACUUCUCAACACCAAGGAGAGAAUGAUGUAACUUGCAUCAAAAUUGAAAAAGAAAUCGUCGGCAUGCCAGAGGAAGGAGAGGUGAGCGACAGUCAGUCGGAAGGAUCUAAAGUACAUGAAAAUGACAGCCAGUCCUGGGGCAUUGUGACAGGGGACAGAGUUCCUGCCUAUGAAGACAUUCCAGAAAACUACUACUUAUCAGAGAGGAAAAAGUCUAAAGCUGGGAAGGAAGCACGUAGAAUGGUAUGUGACUGCACAACAUCUAAGAGUGAGAGAAGUCGAGGGUUUCCUGCAUGCGGAGAAGACUGCUUGAACCGAUUACUCAUGAUUGAAUGCACAUCUCGAUGUCCCUGUGGUGACUAUUGCACAAAUAGGAGGUUCUCCAAGAGAAAGUACGCCGAUGUGGGUGUUUUUUACGCUGAGAAUAAGGGACAUGGCCUCAAGAGUAAAUCAAAUUUAAAGGGGCAUGAGUUUGUAAUGGAAUACUGUGGAGAAGUGCUCAACUAUUCCGAGUUCAAGUCUCGUGUGAAACUUUACAACAAGGAUAAAAACCUGCAUUUCUACUUCAUGGCUCUCAGGGCAGAUGAGAUAAUUGAUGCUACAAAGAAAGGCAACAAGUCAAGGUUCAUCAACCACAGCUGUGAUCCAAACUGCGAAACCCAGAAGUGGACAGUCAAUGGUCAGAUUCGGGUUGGGUUCUUCACCAAGAAAUAUAUCCCUGCAGGAACAGAGUUGACAUUCGACUACCAGUUUGAACAAUACGGUGAGGAAGCUCAGAAGUGUUUAUGUGGUGCAGCUAACUGUCGAGGUUUCAUCGGCAAGCAGAAGAGACAGUCUAAAUCAGUAAUCGGCAAAGACUUUGCAACCAAGAGGAAAGAACCGGUAGAACGGAGACGUAAAGAAAGCUUUGAAGAUGCCUCUUUGGAUGAAGAGAUUGAGCAGUUAAUCAUUGAGCUCGAUGGCAGAGGCUUGAAGACGAAUGACCAGACACUGAACCUCGCUCGGCACAUGGUACUGGCAGAAACAACCCCACUCAGACUACAACUGCUCAAAAUAUUGGAGGACACUGUAGAUGAAACAUGUCUAAAGGAUUUCCUGACGCAUCAUGGGCUGAAGUUACUGUGGAGCUGGAUGGUAGACAUCAGUGAUAAACCAGAACUAGAACUGAAAAUGGAGAUUCUGAACACCCUUGUGAGGUUACCUAUUCCGCACAAGAACGCCUUGGAAGACAGCAAGAUCUUCGCCAUGGUGGAGCGAUGGUCUAAGGUGAAGAACAUCCCCAAAGUGGAGACGGAAGUCGACGAUUCCAGCGCAAGUGAGACGCCCUCCCGUUGUGCAACACCCGUGUCGGUCCCCAUGGCAAGUCACAGCACCCCGGGCGAUCUGACCAAAUUGACGGACAACUCUGAAAGCGACGGAGACUUGGACAGAUUAAAGAGUGACAGUGCGAGUACCUCUCCAAAAAGUUUUGACAAGAGCUCCACGAUCGAUGAGAGGAUGGACCAGAAAAUCCAAGUGGACAGCAGUACUCCUAACGCUCAGAGCGAUUGUCCGCAACAACCUGACGCUGAAACAACAGUGAGUGCCGACUCUUUAUGCGCAACACAGUCGGAAAUUGUCAGUCAGUCGUGCGAGUCGGAUAAGAUAAAAGACGAGACAGUACUUAUUAAAAAUGAAAGUGAAUCGCCAAUUGAGUCCACGAUCGCAUCGGACGCACAACCAGAGUCUGUUUUGGCAGUAUCGACGGCAAAUCCGGAGUCUAAACCGACCUUAGAUGACUCUAGCGUCUUAGAAAGUGAAGAUGCAUUGCAAACAGUCAGUGAACCUGUAAAAGUUGCGGAAUCUCCCAAUACCUCAAGUGAACUUCCAAUAAAGCCAACCAGCCUCGAAGAAGGGGAGCUUAUAACAGACACAAGUAAAUCCGAUCUGAAGAUGGACGAUUUGGAGAAGACAUCAGGUAGUGGCAAGCCAGAUUUAGGAUCAGACUUGGAGGCUGCUGAGGUGGAUGUAAAGAGUGAUACAGCAUCAGGAAUAGCUGUCAUGGCUGGAAAGCUACUAGAAACAUGGAGCUCCCUCAAGGAAAUCUAUCGGAUACCCAAGAACAGAGAUCGUGAGCGUGAACGUGAUUACUCGGAGAGAGAGCGCGAUCGGGAUCGGGACCGGGGCUACGAUAAAGACCGGCGGUACGGCCGGGAUAGAGACCGCGACAAAGACCGAGAUAGAUACCGAGAUAGGGAUCGGGAUAGAGAUCGAGACAGAGAUCGCGACAGGGACAGUCGGAGAGAACGGAGUCGUGAUUCGGGUCGUGAUUCGGGUCGUGAUUCAGAUCGCUAUCACGACAGGGACAGGGAUAGGGACAGGGAAAGAAGAAGAAGCUUUGACCGAAGGGAUGACAGGAAAAGGCGCAGCAGAUCUUUGAGCAAAGAGAAAGAGGACAAACAAUCAACUCUAGUCAGUGAGAAAAAUGAUCCGGACACCCCAAAGGCUACACUACCUAAGCUGAGAAAACCGUGGAAGAAAGAAGCGACAUCUGCGGUUGAAGGAUCUCCGGCGGGGAAACAAACGAAGAAGGAGAAGUCUGGGCUUUCCAAGAAGGAAAGAAGACAGCUGUUUGAGAGGCAAGUUGAGCAAGCCGACAUGGAGGAAGAGAUACGCAAGAAACAGGAAGAGGAAUUCCUGAGACAGCAUCCACACUUCAUAGACGAGGAAGGUCACAUUCAUUUUGUGGACGAAAACGGUUUCCCGAUCCCGCCACCGUUUGAUGGGGAUCCAAAUCACCCUUUGAUGCACAUGUUGCAGCUCGAUCGAGGGAUGCCCAUGGAGCAUAACGACAUUCCCCCUGAAGGGAUGUACCCACAUCCCAUGGAUCCCAACAACCCGGGAUAUCAUGAGAUGAUGCCGCAUCCUCAAGGAAUGAUGCCUUUAGAUGAGAAUGGUAUGCCGAUGCCGUUACACGGAGGUCAACCUAUGUAUGAAGAGAUGCAUCCAGACAUGGCAGCGCCGCAGCAGCACGGCAUGGGCUUGCCCCCUCCUGAUCAUCUUCUUCAUCACCCACAUGUACCUCCUCAUGUUGAGGGAAUGCACAUGAUGCAGGAACAAGAUCCACAGGCCUGGGACAUGAAUCCAGCUGCCGUGCAUCCCGUUCAUUCACAGCCAGUACUACCGCCCCAGCCUCAGCCCCAGCCUCAGUUCAGAGUACCAGCACCCCCUGGGCCUCUACCCAAUCAGGUGUCUGUAGUCAGUGGUGCUCCACAUCCACCCAGGUUUGUUGUACCGCAGCAACCGAAAACACAACCUCAAGUACAGCAACUUCAACCAGCUACUCGACUGCAGUCGCAGUCGCACGUUAUUCAGCCACAGCCCCAGCCUGCUGCUCCAACACAGACUGUGACAUUCGUUACUCCCGAUGGAAUGCUAGUCACUCAGACCAUCAUGCCACUUAAUACAGAAACUAAUGUCCACACCAACAUUCAACAGGCACAACAGAUUCAGCAGCACCUUAACCAGGGUAUAACAGCAACUCAGGGUAUCCCGUCGCCCCCCUCCAAGCCGAAAUCACAACUUCCUCCUAAUUGGAGAACGGCCAGGGACCAAGAAGGCAAAGUCUACUACUAUCAUGCUGUCACAAGGCAAACCCAGUGGGACAUGCCUAGUUGGGACGGCAAUGCACCUGUGCUCGGUGGUAACGAAGCUGAUAUGGAUCUCGGAACGCCAACCUACGACGAGAAAUCCAAGAAACGUACAACUACAGCAGCUGCUGACACAUCGAGUGAGCUAGCCAAGAGAUGUAAACUGCAGUUUAGGUCAAAGAUGUCUCACUACGUAAUUAGCUGCUUGAAUACUUAUCGUAAACCUGACUGUAAGCUUGGAAGGAUCACAAACACGGAAGACUUUAAACACUUGGCACGGAAGCUGACUCACGGCAUCAUGGAUAAGGAGCUGAAACACUGCAAGAACUUUGAAGACUUGGAGGUCAACUCUAACGUCAAACACAAAGCCAAAGAAUACAUCAGGAAAUACAUGACUCACGUUGGGCCGGUGUACCAUAAGGACGAUUGAACACCGAGUGCAUCAUCCCAAUCACAACGGUAGCAGCUGUAGCCUGGGCCCAAUUUCACAACAAGCAGCUAAGUAUGGUGACCAGCCACAAUGCCAUUUCUUAUCUACAUGUUAUCGGUGUCCUGCUAAUUUUUGCCUAGCGGAAACAUUUAAAGCAGAAAUAAAGCAUGUAAGCGCAAACAAGUAUAGAAAAUUUCUUGCUAAGCAAAAAUCACUCAAACUAAGCAUGGAGGAGGAGAGGGAACCAAUGUUUGAGAAAUAACCUCUUUCUUAAAGACUAUGUUACCCUCAGAGGGAGCCGUUUCUCACAAAGUUUUACACUAUCAACAGCUCUCAAUUGCUAUUUACCAAGUCGGGUUUUAUGCUAAUAAUUAUUUUGAGUAAUUACCAUGGGUCUCCCUGCUUUUGUAGCCACAGAGAUAUCUGCGAAAUUCUAGACCGUUAUCCAUCAAGUUAUUCAUGGUUUGAAAGUGAAUUAAAAAUCACUCAAUUUAGCUUCAAGAUCUUCCUCAUACACUUUUUUUAUGCAUUUGUAUAUGAUUUAACAAUUUUGAUAUAUGUAUUUAGCGUAUUGCAUUCAAUAAUUUUGUGUAUGUUAAUGUUUAGUUGUUUUUAGUUAGUUGUUUUUGUAAAUAGUUAUUGUUUUGUUUUUCUUGCAAUAAUGCAGCCACAGAAGUCAUGAAGGUAUCUGUAUUUAAAUGUCACAUUGUCUGUAUAGGAUUCAUUGUUCUCGAUGGUUUACAAUCUCGCAGCGUCGUUUUUGCCUCGCUGGAUCAUAACCAUAGAGUUAUUUAUAAGAAGUAGAGGGCACACAAGCUUAGACACUUGACCUGGUGUGCGGCCAUUUCGUAAGUUGAUAUAAAAGCAUUGCAUAGCGUUAUCAUAACACCGCACCAACAUGUACUUAAUAUUCAAUGUUCUUGCAAAAUGGCGCGUGUGUCUCGCUUGCGAUCCUUUUCCGUUAGUGCAUGCAGCAUCACCAGUGCGCCCUCUAGUUCUUAUAUAUAAUUCUAUUAUCAUAACCCCCUAGAAGUGUGACUUUAAAGUAUUGAAACAUAUUGGAUAUUUUAAUAAGUCCUGUGUUGGAUCCAUUCUGACUAGGCAGAGCGUUCUGUCAAAAGAUGCAUCAAGUUAUUGAGCAACUUUUCCUUCUUUUGCAAUCUGUUUUUAUUUUUUCAUACGCCUUUACCACAUAAAAACAUGACUCGUUUGAAAUUUAUUGCUCGAAAUAAGUUCAUUUUUACACUUGCUAAGCACAACAAGAUUAUGCUUACCAGAAUAAGGUUACCAGCCGAACUACCAUGUCACAUGUACCAUUUGUGACUGAUAACGUGCUUAUUGCUGCUUAAGCAGCUCUUUGAAAAAUUGACCCAAACCAAUUUGGUUUGAAUCUUCAAUUCAAAAAUGGUGAUUUACUUGCUUUUUCUCAUCAUUGCUUUGUUCUGUACCUUCUCUUGUGCAGUAUUUGGUUCAAUGACUAUUAAAACUAGCUGGUUUAGAAUUUCCAUCGAGUCGGUACAAUGUAUGGAGUAUAUUUGUUUGUCUUGAACUGGAAAUGAUUUGUUGCAACUUCUAUAAAACAAAUCAUUCUCAUCUGGAAAUGUUCAUUCUAAGUACAUGUACCUAUUCCUUAAAUGCAUAUCAACAUACUUGUGUAUAACUCGGCCAGGGCCCAAUUUCAUGGCUCUGCUUACCGUAAGCACCGAAUCGGCGCUUACGGAAGCAGGGGAUUCUGU